AUGAAUUCCGAGUAUAAUGCGUCGUAUAUAGAAAGAUUUUGUGGGGGGCACACUACUUAUAAUAGUACUGAGUAAUCCGUCUAGCCCUUGGUGCAUUGUGAACCCCGCAUGCUUCAGCUUGUUUGGGUAUGUCCUCACAAUAUAAAGACUCGGAGCGCAGGUGUCACAAGCUCAGUGCGUCCAGAGCUUCCUGCUAAGCACGCAGCCAGGAGCCCUGGUUUUAGCGGCCUUCCUGAUGGAGCAUUUCAGGCGAGGGGUGGAGUUCGGGAUGGCCUCCUUCCAGAGAUGCCAUCCGCUGUCAUGUCAAAUGGCAGAGAGCGCGCCGGUCGAUGCGCAGAAGGCGGAUAAUACCCGCUGUAAAGAGAAGUCGCGGCAUUCCAAGCGCUGCCACUGCCACCUCGAAGAGAUGCCCGUCAUCCCUGAGCAGGCCAUGGAGUUCCUCUCUCGGACGUGGAGCCCCUCCUCCACGGAUCUCUUCCAAAUACUCUCCCCCAGUAGCCUGGGGUCGUCGCUGGAGGACCCAGAGCAAGAUGAAGCGAGAGGAGACGGAGGCGACGACGACGACAAGGAGAAACAUCUUGGCACGGUUCGUCUCAAUGGGGGGACGAACCAGUUGUUUAAUCAGACAUGUAGACUUGUAGCCGGCGGCAGGCCUAACUGCGGACAGCGCCGGCACAAGCUAGUCCAGCCUGCCUGGCUCAGAGUUGGAAACAUGAAGGCGAUGCUGCGUGGUUUCCUGUUGGACAGCGUGCCAGUCACGGGGAGCCGGAGGAGGCGGCGGAGGGACGAGCUCCGGCUGCACUCGGCACAGGCGCACGCCGCCGUGUCGGUGGCGCAGCUCGCUGCGGCGGUCGCGGGCAUCGUGUCGGCGUGCGACCUGAGGCCCGCGGCCUCGGCCGGCGCUGGCGGCGACAGGAGGCUGGGCACGGUGCUCGCGUCCGCCGCCGCGCUGGUGGCCACCGUGUGCGCCGAGGCCGCGGAGACCACCGGCGCCAACCGCGGCCGCGUCACUUCCGCCGUGAGGACCGGGCUCGAGAGCCGCACCUCCGCCGACCUGCUCACCCUCACUGCUACCGCUGCCACAUGUUUGAGGGGAGCCGCGGCGCUGAAGCAAAGGACAGCUGACCUCAGGGGAAUCAGCACCAGCAGCAGCGACGCCAUGGCCAUGAGCGUCAGCGCCGGCAUCCACAAGGGCACGACUCUCGCAGUCUGCCUGCCUUGUGGAAGAGUGCGGGUGAGGACGGUGUCCGUCUUCCCGCGGCGCGGCGAUGGCGGCGCGGCGGUGCUGCGGCUGGGAAAGAAGCGUCUGCGCGGCGCGUUCGCCACCUUCAACGACUAUGUGGUCACGGCGGUCGGAGACGGCGGCGGCGAGGCGGUGGUGGAGGGGCGGCCCGUGUUCCCAGUGUCGGUGGUCACGUCAGAGGGGUCGACGGUGCAGCUGCUGUUCGAGCACCAGACGCACUGCAAGGUCUGGAAGGCCGCCAUCGAGGGCAUGCUGGCCGAGCAGAAGCUCAGGCGCGGGACGACGAACUGAACUGAUGGUCAGUCAGAUUGGGCACACGCGCACGUACAAUCUUCCUGCAGUUCUACUUCAUCGAGUAGAAUGGAGAAAAGUGUUUUUUUUUCCAUCUUGGUGUGUAAUCACGCCUGUACGUGUUUUGUAACAUGUUUGUUUGUAUGUACGUGGGUGAAUCGAAAUUCGUAAAAAGUGCUAUGAAAACCUGCUUUAGGAAUAAAAAGAAUCAUAUACGCCUUUACGGGCGCCCUAUAUAUCAGAACAAUGUAAAGAAUUUAUAAAGCGAUCUGUAUUUGCAUA